CGUGCAUUUGGCUGAAUUUAGUAGGCAGCAUUGGUUAAAAAUGACAGAUUUUUGCUAUUGUGAUUGGUGAUUGACCGAAGGAAGAAGAAAAAACGUAAACAAAAGAUUUGAAGAAAGCGCUAAAGAUGGAGAUGAAUAAACAAAGAACAACGUGGACAAAUAGUGAUGAAGUUAUAUUAAUAGAUUUGCACAUCUACGCAGACAUAUCUGUGCAAAUGGCGCACAAAUUUACUGCAAAAGAAGUGCAUGUUAAAAUACGUAAUCUUACACAAAAAUAUAGAGACGAAAGGAAAAAAGUUGGGCCCUGGGGGGGGCAGCCCAUCGCUGUUGAAACAUUUUGAUGCGGUCCAUCAAAUUAUCGGACUGACAGCAACGAAUACUGCUGAAGUAUACGAAUCGUUUAUUGUGUCAUCUAUGGCUAUAGGAUCACCAGAACCAAUGUCGCCAGAGCCAGAAGCAAUGUCGCCGGUGUGUACGCCAGUAAUUACAUUGACGAACUCGCCAUUAGUGUCGCCAUUAGGUAGCUCGACAACAGCAGCGGGUGAAUCUCCAAGUAAAAAGAGAAAUUACAUGGUCGAACUAAUAAAAGUGGCAAAAGAACAAAACGAAUUGCUGAAGACAGUGGUGGAGGACGGGAAAAUAUUGACUGAGAGAGUUGUUACUGCAAUUGAAGAACAAAGUAGUAAUACAAAAGAGUUUAUAGGUAUUAUGAAAACUAUUUUAGAAAAAAUGUAAUAAUAAAAUGAAUUUGAACUGAAUAUUUAUUUUAGAAAAAAUGUA